UCUUUCGGGCAAGCUAACAGAGAAGCCCCACUAACUGCUAUAGAAAUAGCAUUGGACUUUAUAUUUCAGCAAAGUAAUAAAUACUAUUUGAGUUACAUAUUGUAAUUCAGUUUAUACAUAUAUAUAUAAAGAGAGAGAGAGAGUUUAAAACGAGGGCAAAAUGCAGAGAGAGAAAUAUUUGCCAGAGCUGAUGGCAGAGAAAGAUACUCUGGACCCAUCUUUUGUUCAUGCUGCACGUCUGCUGACUGAAGAAAUUGAACAGUUCCAGAACAACAGCUCAAAAAAAGAAGAGGAGAAGCAAUACCUUGAUGUUAUCAGCAACAAAAACAUUAAACUAGCUGAAAGAGUGUUGAUUCCAGUCAAACAAUAUCCAAAGUUCAAUUUUGUGGGGAAGUUGCUCGGACCACGAGGUAAUUCGCUAAAGAGGCUACAGGAAGAAACAGGCGCAAAAAUGUCCAUCUUGGGCAAAGGAUCUAUGAGGGACAAAGCCAAGGAAGAAGAAUUGCGGAAAAGUGGAGAGGCCAAAUAUGCACAUUUAGGUGAUGACCUUCAUGUGCUCAUUGAAGUUUUUGUCCCAGCAGGAGAGGCCUAUUCCCGCAUGAGCCACGCACUAGAGGAGGUGAAAAAAUUCCUGGUCCCAGACUACAAUGAUGAGAUUCGUCAGGAACAGUUGAGAGAACUGUCAUACCUGAAUGGUUCCGAGGAUUCUAAUCGAGGGAGGGGAACACGUGGAAGGGUGAUCCGAUCUGCCCUCACACCAGCAGCGAGGGGACGUGCCAGCACUCUCCUUCCUGGACGAGGAGUUCCAGUACCAAGAGGAACGCCAGUGGCACGGGGGGCACCCUCUCUAUCCCAUGCAGUGAGGGGUACUCCAGCACCACGUAGUAGAGGGGGACCAGGAGCAUCUGGCUAUCGACCACCACCUCCACCAGAAGAGGAUACUUAUGAUGAAUAUGGCUAUGAUGAUGGCUAUGGAGGAGAAUAUGACGAACAAAGCUAUGACACCUAUGAUAAUAGCUACGCUAGUCAGGUGGAGAGUGGUCCUGAAUAUUACGAUUAUGGACAUGGAACAAGUGAAGACAUCUAUGAAAGUUAUGGUCAAGAAGAAUGGGUUACAAGUCGGCCAAGCUUAAAGGCACCAAUCCCGAGGUCAAGAGGGACCUACAGAGAACAUCCCUAUGGUAGAUAUUGAAGGCAGCCCUUGUUGCACAAUGACUACAUGAGUGUCCUAUGGUCAGCUUAUAAACAACUACAAGACAAGUAAUAGUUCAUUUAUUUUCUUGCCUAAGGAUAGCUUCUCUCGGGUACCUUUCUGCACCCUCCUUCUAUUUCCUGAAACUUUGAUGAAAUGUUGGCUUUUCUUUAUGACGGUAACUUUGUAGAAUGGAUAAGUUAGUCCCCAGAACAUGCAACAGGGAAGCUGAUCCUUUUAAUUGUUUUCUUUUAUUGCUCUGUGUGUAGAAAUAUGUUCAACUAGCAUGAACUGGUGAUAAGUUUAACAUUUCCAAACCCACUUGGUAAAGGUUGAUGCAUAUUUAGGGACAAUGGAAGACUGUAAUAAGACAUUUUUUGAAAUAGGUGAUAAACAAGUUGUAGAUAAGUUGUUUUAAAUUGAUUUCUUUUAAUAUUUGUCAGUUUAAGAUGUUCAAUAUUUAAUUUGUAAAACUUAGUUUAAAAAAAUGA